CGGGGAACGAACCCCUGACCAUCCUCCCUCUGACCUCAGAAAUGGAGGAAGCUGCCGUCAAAGCCCACUACAAAGUCUGUGACCGCCUGAAGCUGGAGAAGAAGCAGCGCAGGAUGUGCCGGCGGGACCCCGGCGUGGCUGAGACCCUGAUGGAAGCGAUCAGCAUGAGCGCGCUGGAGUGCCAGUAUCAGUUUCGCUUUGAGCGCUGGAACUGCACUCUCGAGGGUCGCUACCGGGCCAGCUUGCUGAAGAGAGGUUUUAAGGAGACAGCCUUCUUGUAUGCCAUCUCCUCUGCGGGGCUGACGCACGCCAUGGCCAAGGCGUGCAGCGCGGGGCGGAUGGAGCGUUGCACCUGCGAUGAGGCCCCCGACUUGGAGAACCGUGAGGCUUGGCAGUGGGGCGGCUGCGGCGACAACCUGAAAUACAGCAACAAGUUUGUCAAGGAGUUCCUGGGGAGGAAGCCCAACAAGGACCUGCGAGCCAGGGUGGACUUCCACAAUAACCUUGUGGGCAUGAAGGUUAUCAAAGCUGGAGUGGAGACAACCUGUAAAUGCCACGGUGUAUCUGGAUCCUGUACUGUCCGAACGUGCUGGAGGCAGCUCUCUCCAUUCCAUGAAAUAGGGAAGCAGCUGAAGCAAAAGUACGAGACAUCGCUCAAAGUGGGCAGCACUACCAACGAAGCCACAGGGGAAGGAGACAUCUCCCCACCCAAGAAGUCCAUCCCUGGUCAUAGUGAUCAAAUCCCAAGGACUACGGAUCUUGUCUACAUUGACGAUUCCCCAAGCUUCUGUAUGAUGAGUAGAUACUCACCUGGGACUUCGGGAAGGAAAUGUUACAAAGACAAGAACUGUGACAGCAUCUGCUGCGGGCGAGGGCACAAUACGCAGAGCCGGGUGGUCACCCGCCCGUGCCAGUGCCAGGUCCGUUGGUGCUGCUACGUGGAAUGCAAGCAAUGCACCCAGAGAGAAGAGGUUUACACCUGCAAAGACUGACGCGUCUUCUGCUUGAUGGCAACCCUUGGUGACGGGCGAUGGCGAUCUAUGAGAACUACAUAUGGAGACAAACAGGGUUUGAUUGACCUUCUGGGAUCUGAAAGCUAUGUUGAGACAUAAGCACUUUGUAGGGUACAGGUGACCCAGCUGUGUUGCUGUUUUGUUUUUGUUUUUGUUUUGUUUUGUUUUCCUGUAGACUGAAUUUUAAUGAGGUCCAACCAUGUGGAAAUAAGUGCCUGUCACACUGGGGUUAGACACCAGCUGACCUUCACCUUAGUCGUCCACGCAGUUUGACGGAUCAUUCAUCCUUGGAACACCUUGAUCGUUUCACUAAUCCUCCGUGAACUCCUGGGCUAAUAUAUUUAUUCUUUUUGGCAUAAAUAACCUAUAGUACUUUAUUCCUGAAGCUUACCCAACUGCUUAGAGACCU